AUUUAAAACCUAAAACGUUAGCGUAAAUCCAUCUUAAUUCUUCAGCUGUUCUGUGAUAGUGAAUUAUGCUUCAUAAGUAGCAAAUGUAAUACCAUAUCUCAUACUUUUUAAAACUAUCUGGAACUGUGCGUAUAUUACUGCUUGCCCUAUAAAGGAAUGGGCUGUUGUGCGUAUAUACGUGCUUAAGAUUCAGAGCAGAAUAUUCUAUUUAUGACGAUAUAAGGUGAUUUCGUAGUUACGUACCAUUACUCAAGUUUUAUUUAGUUAAAAAUGUAUUUCAGCAUCGUGGCAACAUUCAAAUUAUUAAUGAGAUGGUUGGCAUACAUUCAAAUAAUGACAAGGAUAUAAUUAAAUUUAUUAAAGUAUACAUGGGCAGCCUAGUUUGUGUUUCAGUUUUGUUGGUAAAGGCCUCUUGUAGAUUCUUGCUGAAACAAUCUUCAUGACCAGCUCUUGCAGGGAAAUCUGUAAUGCAAACACAUACAGAAGUCACAAGUCUGUUAGGAUGUUCAGAUUGCAAGUCUAGUUUCAACUCUGCUUCCUUGCUGCUGCAACAUUUUGCUCAACACGUCUCUCAGGAAGCCAUUGGCUGUCAGUUAAAGCAUGUCAGUAUCCAGCUAUCUGAUGAUGUGGCACAGUGUAUACAGAAACAUGCCUCAGUACCAGAUUUACAGAAAAAGAAAACGGAAACCAUUCUAGAAAAAGUAUUAAAACGCAAUUCAGCCUUGCGCCAUUUGACAGUAACCAGCCAUUGUGAACCAGGUCCCUCAGCAGGUAAUGAAGAUAUUGGAACAUUUCCUGACACAAGUUUGUCUUCCCCAUCAUCAGUGUUGCAAACAGUAGGUCCAGAUCAACUCUGCUGCAUGACGGCAGGCUCUUUGAAAACAGAGGUUCUGAAAAAUAACACUUCACCUGGACUGGAUAUGUUGUUGGAAAUUGGGCAGCAUGGAGGAGAGAACAGUCAGGGUUCACAGCAUAUCUUUUCUUCUUCAUCAUUGUCAUCAUCAUCAUCAUCUUAUUCUUCCAGUGAUGUUCAGCUUGUUAAAUAUGACCUUCAGAAACGUUUGGAAAAUUGCAUAACUAAAUUAACAUCAAAGCAGGAAAAUGGGCUAAAGUCAGGAAACAAAAAAUCUUUUAAAAGUGGCGCCACUAAUUUAUCAGAACCAGACAAGAAAAUUCAACUGUAUCCUGUACAGUAUAAACCAAAUUCAGAACUGGCAGGUAACAUAAGUGCCAUUAAAAUGGAGGAGUAUGCAAAGAGUAAUGAAGAAUCAGAGGACUUUAACCCUUUAAAAUUUUGUUUUGUAACCUUGGAGGAAAGUGAGGGCAAUGCAGAAGAGCAAAAAGGGAAGGUGGCUGAAGAAUCCAUGGUCAAGACUCCACGGGGUGCAUCAAGUCGCAAACAGAAAACUCCAAAGAAAGUGUACUACCAUCAAAACGGAAAACUGAACCACAAUUAUGUAGCAUCAGAACUUGUUUCAGGUGAUUCUGAGAAGGUUGUUUCUUCCUGUGCAUCUAGGAAGAAAUACCCUUGUCACUUAUGUUCGAAAGUAUUUGGGUGGUCUACUGAUCUCAAACGGCACAUCUUGACCCAUACUGGAGAACGCCCUUUUAAAUGUAGUGCUUGUCAAGCCACGUUCACUCGCAAUUUUCUCCUUCAGAAACACCAGAGGAAAAUUCACAGUUCUUGUUUCACGGUGUCACAGGAAAGUGCAAUAUCCAGUCUGUAUCCUUCUUCAAAUAAAGAGCAGAUCUGGAAAGGUGUAAAAGAAGAAAGUGAAAAUAGUACUUUGAAAUGUAUGACUCAGUGUAGUGAUGAUAGUGAUGAAGAUAGAUUGGUGAUAUGUGAUGAUGAGAAACCAAACGGAUCUGUGCCAAGCUGUAUGGGGACAAAGUCACAGCAUAAAAACUCAUACAAAAUUAAUUCAGCAAAGAAAAGAAAAGAACUACAGUACAAGAUCUCUUCGUAUGGAAUUUUUUCACAUGAAGCCUUAAAUAUUUUAUAGAUGUAUUUAAAUAAUAUGGAAACAGUAUUGAAGCUAUAGUGUAUAGUGUGAGUAUUUAUUUUAUAAAUAUCAUGCACAUUUUUGUGCUAGGAUUGGAAUUUAUAAUUAAGAAAAAUAAUCUAUAUACAAAAACCACAAUACAAUAACUUUUUGAAUACCAUAAAGAUGACCAAAUUUUUAUAUCCUUCAGAUUAUAUAUUUACAUACAACAUAUUUUUAUAGUCAGAUUUAAAAAUAAACCCUCAGAUUAUAUAUUAAAAUUAGUUAUUUUUCAUUAUAAUCAAGAAGCCAGUAAGUUACCAACUUUUAAGUUUUACAUUCUCAAUAGCAUUAGUACAUACUAAUUGAAAGUUUCCUUACAUGAAGGACUUAGAGUUUCUGAAUAUAAAAUUGCAUUAGUACUUUAAAGCAAAAUGUGACUUAAACAUAGGAAAGCAUUUAGAUUUGUGUUCACUAUAUGUUCCUAAUUAUACUGAAUUGUGUCAUUUAAACAUUAUCCUCAGGUCUGAUUAAAGCAGCAACUCCUAUAACACACCCCGAUGCUUUGGCCUAAUGUUUUAGAGUUUAUGAUUAGAAUAGUGUUGAAAGUUUUAAAUUUGAAAUAAUAAUUUAUAUUUUUUAUAACUAAAAAAUAAAAAUAAAAUCCAUUUGGUGGAAUUUGAAGUUUUCACGGCAGUGAGUCCGAAGAUGGCGGUCUUUUGGGUUAUAGCAGCCAAUGUUUCAGAGGUUGUUGCUGCCUGUAUCAUCGGGAUGAAUGUUGGUAAACUUCGACCAGACUACAUGGUGCCACAACCCAGAAGACAGCCAUCUUCAAAAUCCAUUUGCUAGAAACAAUUUUAGCUGCAACAGAACUGAAGCAUGAGGUAUAUACCUAAUGGUUAUGUUUUUUAUUUCUAAAAUAUAAGCAUAAUUUGAGGAGUAAUGAGUUCAUUUUUAAAUCAGAAUUUCUGUACUUAUUGCAAAAGGGAAUUGUAGUAUAUGUGAAAUCUUUGCCAUUAGGAAAUUUGAUGUACAUGUAGUGCAACAUGAGUCCAUGGAGUGAUUUUAACAUUUUAUACAGUAUUAAUGUUACUAAGUAUUAAGGGAACUACAAUUUGGAAUUUGUGAUGUUUGUAAUAGUUGUUCUUUUACAAGUCUUGAAUACAAGCCCAAGUUCAUGAAAAUUCAUGAGCAGCAUUUACAAAUUUCAAGGGCAAGAAAACUGAAAUGUAUGCACAGUGACGAUAUUUGAUGGCUGUGCUGGUGGUCUUUCUGCUACGUGCAGUCAUAUCAGUUGGUAUUUCCUAGUCCUAGUGGCACAGCUACCAAAUAUCCUAAUUGUAUAUAACGUAAGUUGCAAAAGAGCAAGGACCCACUGAUACAGUGAUAGAAGAUACCCACUGUUUGCUUUGUUAACUUUCUAAAUGAGAAUCUUCUAGAAUGGGUGGGGAGGAAGAGAGAAAAUCUUGUGAGGACUAGAAGACAUUUAUUGUCAUAACACUUCAUUAAAAUAUUAACAGUGCAAACAAAAUAUCUGGUGGGUUUUGUGGAAUGUGGGCCCAUACUGUGGCAAGUGCUCAUUUGUUUAUUAACUGUCAAGUUCAUGAAGUAAUACAAAAGCCUUGUAUCCAUAUCUUACUUGAUCAGACGUAAAUGAAAAAAUGAUGCUAUUGAACCCAAAGUUAAAGAAGUUGCGGUCAUAUGAAUACAAAUUAAAGAAACUGGUUCUUCAUUGACGUGGAAUAUAAAGUGAAGUUCAUUAACACUUUUAAAGUGUGGUUUGGACAUGUAUUUUCCAUAUCUGCAGCUUUUUGAGUUGAACAUUGUUAUGAAAUCACUGUGCACGUGGUAUAGGUGGCUUGUCUAUAGUAAUGUCAGUGUUUUUCAAUAAUUCUUAUUUUACAGUGUAGGCAAGGAACAUUACCAUCUUUUCAGACCAAAGGUAUUAUUCAUAGAAACUUAGUAUUAUUUUCAUUUAAUUUACUCUUUGUGAUAAUUUUGUAUUUCUGAAUAUCUUCACACAUGCACAAACACACCACACAUAUGUUUCACUCACAAUGUGGGACUGUCGUAAAAUUCAGAUGUUUAUGACAUCUACAAUAAAUGCAACGCUAAUGCCCUUUAAUAUGUCUGGAACACAAUCCAAUUUUCUUAAAAGUAAUUUUAAGAGAUAUUUACUGGAAGAUAUAUCUUGAAACUGAAGGUGUUUGCCAUUAUUGAAGAACUGCAAAAAAACAAGCUUUGGACAGUAUUUAUACAGGAAUGUCUAGCAAAGUCUUUGGCUAAUUCAAGUAAAAAACACUGAGUGAUAACAUUGAGGAAAGAAAUGCUGAGUGUGGGUAUGAAAGAAUACAUUAUUGUCAAAACUUACUGGUCUAAUUAAAAGUCUUCUAUUGAGGUACUUAAAAUAUCUGCACAUUUAUUUUACAGAAAUCCUAGUCUUUCAGUGGACAAUCUUAGGGUUACCAGAAGUCAUGAGUUAUUUUUAAGUAACAAAGGAACUUUGCCUUAUGUUAUUUCUUUAUUAAACUAUGCCAUUUAUGUAGUUUUGAUUAUACAUAUUAUGUUGACAUGUCAGGUUUAAUUUCAGUGUUGUAAUUAUUUCAUCAUGUACAUAUUUAGUCUGUACACAACUAUGAACUUAGUGAUUUGAAAGUGGCUAAAACGCAAAUGGAACAAACAGUUCCCAGUUCGAUUACAUGAUGCAUGAUAUUUCUGAAGAAAAAAAUGGCCAGUUGUUUUGAUGGAAGCUUAUAUAUAUAUUUGAAUAGAAGAGCAUUGAAAAUACUACUUCAUGUAUUAUUUCCAAAUAAAUAGUUCCUUAAUUCUGCGUAUCCAGAAUAAAACAUUCUCCUGGGUCUCUAUACCACACCAUGAAUGUGUGUAAUAGGACAGAUAAAUCUCCACACAUUCUUAACCUUGGAAUUAGAAUGGAAGUAACUAGUCAGCUUCAUGCUCAGAACUCUUUACCCUGAGGGAAACAAACCCAGUAUAAAUUUAUAAAACAUGAGACUACAUAAAAUGUAUGUACUUAUCAUUACAACUUUCAUGCAACACUGUAAUUUAUAAACAGAUACAAGAAAUUUUGUGCAAUAUGUUUUGUAUAUUUCCAGAAGUGGGAUAGCUAUUAAAUGUUUGGCUUUGUAUGUAUCUGGUAACCCUAAACAGAAAGUAAGAAUUGAGUACCAAUCUAGGUAUAUUAUAUUUGUAAUUCUUAUUUUAAAAUAUAUAAUUGCCUAUGUCAGGUGCCUCUUCCUAGUCAAACAUGUCUGAUAAAUAUGACAAGCCAUACUUUAUUUAAAUUUCCAAUUAUAAAUGUGUAUAAGGUAUGGUUAUUUAAGAAAUGGGUUUAGUUAGCUGUCAUAUUGAAAAGGCACUCAAUGUUUUUUACCCUGGCAUUGAAACUAAAUAGUAUUACAAACCAUCUGAGUUUUUAAUAUAAUAUUACUUUUAAAUUAUUGCUCUUGUCUUAUUGUAAUCUGAAUAACACUAUUGUUUUGUUUGUAUGUGUGGAAUUAGAUGUUAAUUUUUGCCUGUUUCGUCUCACAAGUGUGACAUUCUUGGUGCUCUAAAAAUUCUUGUAAAUAACACAAGUGAUAUGGCUGUUGUGUCUUGUAGAUUACUCCCACCCCAAAAAGUCUGUGGCUGUGUCUUACUAAGAACUAAAGAGGAAAUGUGUAAUAAUUAUAACAUAAUUAAAACGUGAUAAUCAGUACUGUAACUUUAAAAUGGUAAUAAUAUAUCAUUUUUAAAUUA